AUGAACAACGGCAAGAAGUUUUGCCGGGUGGAUAAAAAACUGAGCUGGAGAGAGGCCAUGAAUUACUGCCGGGGUCAUCACACGGACCUCGCCACCCUGCAGAGCAUGAGCAGCAUGGACAGCCUGCUGGCCAUUAAGUCGCUCAUCACGUCGACCCACGCCUGGAUCGGCCUCUUCUUUGACGUGGACAUUUCUGGCCCCCGCUGGUCCAGCGGCUCCGCCUUCACCGACCUGGGGUGGCUCAAGCUGCCUGCCCUUGGGAAGGGCAUGUGUGUCACACUCUACUCUACUUACUUCCCCUCCCUGGGGGUCGACUCCUGCGCAGCCCAGAAGCCCUUCAUUUGCUAUGAAGACCCUGACGUAAAGCACCACGUCUCCGUGGAACCCUCUCUCAGCCUGGUCACCCUUCCAGAACAAGCUGAGAUCCAGAUUGGUGGACAGACCUUCACGAGAUUUGAACAAGUAAUGACGUGGACCUCGGCUCUGAAGUACUGUCGCAGCCACUACACAGACCUGGCCGACCUGCAGAUGGUGACUGAUGAGGCAGGCCAGAAGGCCCUGAAGUCCAUCGCGAAUGAGACUGAGGCCUGGAUUGGCCUCUACUUCAAUGCCAACACCAGGUCUCUGGACUGGUCCAGUAAUCUGGGUGCCAGCGUCCCUAGCUGGCUGCUAGUGCCCAAGUUCGACGGAGGACUGUGUGCAGGACUCCGGGCCUAUUCACAAUACUGCCCCCAGGUUUAUACAGUGGAGUGCUCUUCCCUGCAGCCCUUCAUCUGCUUCUACGACCCUUCCACUGGACACCGGGAGUCGGCAGAAAUGCCUCAGCUCCUUCCUGCUUCCUCCUUCCGUGUUUCUGAGGGGACCACUCCCAGGCCGAGCCCAGCUGUGCCCAGUGUAGAGGGUGGCACUGAAAGAAGAGACACAGUUACUGCCAGUCAGGUCCAACAUUUAAGCUCACUAACAACUCAGAAGCUAAAGAAAAAAACAUCAGCACCAGCAUCAGAAAACCCUUUUGGAAUCCUGAAAGCGGACUUUGCCAUCUCAACUCUGACAGACCCAGAAGAGAUGAAAGACCAAUUUUUGGGAGAGAUCCAAGAAGUCUUAGAGCUGAUGUUAGGUCACGAGCAACUCAGACUGAAAUGGGUCGCCUUAGAAGUGAACAAAGAGCAGCACAAGCCUAUUGAUUAG